AUCAUUUCCAAAGUUAAAGAACUCGCCGCUCGGGGCACCAUAGUCAACGACUCACAGCUGACUCGCUUUCAAAAGGAAAAAACCCCCCACCAAACCCUCGCCGUUGCUGGUCUAACCUUAAACCUUCAGUCAGGGUUUUCCCACGAUUUCCAGCAUACUACGCCCUCGACAUUCUUCCCAGAUUGUAGAUUCGUAGUUCAGAUGGCUGCGGGACUUGCUUCGAAAUGGUCUCUCGGUAUGCGAUUUUACAGUUUAAUAGUGGGUCGUUCAUUGUUGGGUGGCCUCAACAACAACUUGUCUAGUUUACUUGGCACAUCGAAUGGGAUAACUUGCAGCCAUUCCUUAUCGCUGCAGCAAAGAACUUUCAUUCAGAUGCGAACGGUUCUCAAAGUUGUGGACAACUCCGGGGCUAAAAAGGUGAUGUGCAUACAAGCUUUAAAGGGGAAGAAAGGUGCAAGACUGGGAGACACUAUAAUUGCAUCAGUGAAGGAAGCCCAUCCAAAUGGAAAAGUAAAGAAGGGAAAGGUUGUAUAUGGCGUUGUUGUACGUGCUGCAAUGCAACGCGGCCGCUGUGAUGGCAGUGAGGUGAAGUUUGAUGACAAUGCUGUGGUGCUUGUUGACAAGCAAGGCCAACCGAUUGGGACAAGAGUUUUUGGGCCUGUCCCACAUGAGCUGAGGAAGAAAAAGCACGUCAAGAUUCUCACUUUGGCAGGGCAUAUUGCCUGAAGUAUGGAGCACCAGGCAUGGAUCAAGUAGAUCGAGCGAAUGCAUCGUUAUACUCUUGAAAUUUGGUUGAAUGCCCGCUCUUAUCUAUUUGUCAUGCUAUUUUGAAAGGAAAACAAAUAUAUGCGGAAAAGAAAACAAUGAUGUCAAUAAAUAGAGCAUCACAUCACAAUUUGGCAAUAUGACUGUAGCAAACGGCCGAGGACAAUAUUUCAAUGAAAAACAUUCAGUUGGUAAAAACUGAAAA